GCCGUGGCCGUGGGUCUCUCGACUAGUGAAAAAAUGGCUGCGGCGACGACCCGUGCAGCAGCUCAGAGUCUGCUUGGCCUCGGGUCCCGUCGCAGCGCGCCGCUGCCUGUCGCGACCCACCGCCGGAGAGCUGUGCGCAUGGCCUCGUCAGCGCCUCAGCUCAGCGCGACCGUCGCUGUGCCCGGCGCGGGGAGCGCCGGGCCCGUCCGGGUCGUGGCAGCGCCGGGCCUCCCCGAGGCGGACUUCAGGAAGGCGGUGGACUCCGCGCUGUUCAGGAAGUGGCUGGAGAACCUGCAGACGGAGAAGGGCGUGCUCGCCUACGGGAAGCUGAAUCUCAGGGAGAUCCUCAUCCAGGGCGUUGACAUGUUCGGGGAACGCGUGGGCUUUCUUAAGUUCAAGGCCGACAUCGUCGACGAGGAAACCAAAGCCAAGAUUCCAGGAAUUGUCUUUGCAAGAGGGCCUGCAGUCGCUGUGUUGAUUCUUUUGGAGUCCAAAGGGCAAACUUACGCUGUUCUUACUGAACAGGCUAGAGUGCCUAUUGGAAAAUUUGUAUUGGAAUUACCAGCCGGUAUGCUAGAUGAUGAAAAAGGCGAUUUUGUUGGCACCGCAGUCCGAGAGGUUGAAGAAGAAACUGGUAUAAAGUUAAACUUAGAGGACAUGGUUGAUCUUACUGCACUGCUCGAUCCUGCUACUGGAUGCAGAAUGUUUCCAUCUCCGGGUGGCUGCAACGAAGAGAUUGGUCUGUUCCUAUACAGGGGGCAUGUCGACGCUGAGACCAUCAAGGCUCUCCAGGGGAAGGAAACUGGCCUACGGGACCACGGCGAGCUGAUCAAGCUGCGUGUGGUCCCGUACGACCAGCUCUGGCGCUCAACAGCAGAUGCGAAAGCGCUCUCUGCCAUAGCUCUGUAUGAAAUGGCCAAGAAGGAAGGCAUCCUGCCCUCGUCACCUCGCGGGUCAUUGGCGAACCUGUAGGAGCUGAAGUACAUUAUGUAACUAGUUUUUUUUUGUUCCGAGGAUUCUGUAAUGAGAAGUUGAGAACACUGCUGAGUGAAUUACCUGCUCAAAAAUCUCAUACAAAAAUCCUUCUUGCCUUUAACUGUGGUGGACCGUGCUUAGUUGCCUGAUUAGCCUUGGGGUUUAUUUUUGUUUCUGUUUUCCCAUUUCUGCUCUUCGAUGACUUUUGGACAAAGAUCCUAAGGUUCAAGAUGACUUAGCUACUUGCUCCCGAUUAUCCUAUAUCUUUGGUGGGUAAUAUGAAUUAUGUAGUAUUGCUUUAUGUAAUAUGAACGAUUGAUGCUCUUGAA